AUCUGUUCAUAAAACCUGACAGGAUCAAGGUCCCUUGGUGGAUUGGUAUAAUUUGUCAUUCAGCAAGGAUUCUGAAGAGUGAGGACAUAACUGUGACUGCGAAUAUAAGGUCUUCCAGAGGAAAAUAAAUCAAAUCAUGAGAGUUGUUCCCUGUCUUCUCCUCCUGUGCUGUGCCUGUCAGCUGGGGGCAAGUGUGAGGGUGGUGCUGGAGCCUGUGGAUGCUGGGGGCAGCGUGAGCACCUACACGGGGGGCGUGGUGUCCCUGAACUGCUCCCUGGAGGGGGGAGCGUCAGAGCAGGAGGCGCUGGAGUGGCAUCGCAACGGCGAGUCGGUCAGGCUGGACUCCCACAACCGCUUCAGCCCCAGCAGGCUGUGUGUGCAGAAUGUGACCACGGACGACCACCAGGUCACCUUCACCUGCCACCUGAGGAGCAACCCCACCGUCUGUGCCUCAGCGCAGAUCAAAGUGCACUUUCCCCCCGCCCUGUCAGGCACAGACUAUGUCACAGUGGAGGAGAGCCAGGAUGUCGUGCUGCGGUGCCCGGUAUGGGCCUAUCCCCAGGUGACGGUGACCUGGCUCAGGGAUGACCUGCCGCUGAACCUGGUGACCCACAGAUACACCCUCUACCAGGACAGCAGGGAGGCCCAGCUCACCAUCACCAACGUCCAGAGGGAGCAGCACCAGCGCUGGUACAGCUGUGUGGCCCGCUCCGCUGAGUUCGGGGAGAGGACCAAGACGUUCCAGCUCCUGGUGGAAGAUAAGAAGAUGGGGUUCCCGCUGGUACCGUUGAUUGCUGCGUGUGUGGUUGUGCUGUGUACGACCGCACUGGCCAUAGUAGCCAGGUGGGACAGAAUCUCAAAGUGCUGGAAAUAAGCGAUGUCCACUGGUGAUGAAAACAAGCUCCUGGACCAUGCUUUAAAUUCACAUGAAAUGUGAAUCUCGUCUCUUUUUGUCACCUUUUAAAUAAUGCAUGAGAUGUAUUCAAGAUAAAUAAAUAAAUCCCAACAAAA